AUGCGGGGUUUUGUUUAUUUGUUUUCGGCAAUCUGCUUCAUCCUCUCUCUCCGUGGACUGAGCACUCCAGAGACCGCGAAGAGAGGAAACAUCCUGGGCAUGACAGGCAUGGGUGCAGCCAUUCUUAUAACGUUUUCAACAGAGGGUUUCGGGGGCCACUACGCAGCUUUCUUCUUGACGGUAGCUCCACCAGCAAUCGUCGGCGUCUACAUCGCGCAGUCUGUUAGCAUGGUGCAAAUGCCCCAACUAGUGGCAUUGUUCCACAGUUUUGUUGGUUUUGCCGCUGUGCUGGUCGGUAUUUCAAGCUUCCAUGCAGGUCUUGGAGAAAGUGGGACAAAUGCAACGCGUGCCGUGGAAACCGCUGUUGGAGAGUUCGUAGCGGCAGUCACAUUCACUGGUUCCCUGGUUGCAGCCGCUAAGCUCCACGAACUUAUGGACCCCAAGUCACUGAAAAUCCCCGGUAGACAUGCGAUAAAUGCCAUGACUGUGGCGGCAGUUGCUGUCGUAGGGAUCACCUUCUGCGCCACCGCAGACACCACAACAAAAAUUAUUUGCUUGUACACGCUAAUAACUUUGAGCCUCUGGCUUGGCUUCCAUCUAGUGGCUUCCAUUGGCGGUGCCGAUAUGCCAGUGGUGAUCAGCAUGUUGAACUCUUACUCGGGAUUCGCGACUGCAGCGAGUGGUUUUAUGUUGGAUAAUAAUCUACUGAUCAUCGCGGGAUCCCUCAUUGGAUCGUCAGGCGCAAUAUUGUCGUAUAUCAUGUGCCGUGGGAUGAACCGUGACUUAUGGAGUGUAGUUCUGGGAGGCUGGGAAGACGCCCCUGCAGAAGGAGUACCGGGAGUCGAGGGUGUCGUCCGAGAAAUCAGCCCUGACUCGGUGGCAGAAGAGGUUCUCCUCGCGAAGAAAGUGCUCAUCGUCCCGGGAUACGGCAUGGCAGUCAGUCGAUGCCAAUCCGAUGUAGCGGAUAUUGCACAGAUCCUCGCAUCACGAGGUGUGGAGGUUGAAUUCGGUAUCCAUCCAGUCGCGGGUCGAAUGCCAGGCCACAUGAACGUCCUACUUGCUGAAGCAAAUGUGUCCUACCGCAGCGUGAAAGAAAUGUCAGAAGUUAACAAACAAAUGCUGGAGUACGAUGUCGUUAUUGUUGUUGGGGCGAACGACACUGUAAAUCCAGCCUCAUUGGAGCCCGGCACAAAAAUAUACGGAAUGCCAGUGAUCGAGGUCUGGAAGGCCAAGCGGGUUAUCGUCCUGAAACGGUCACUUGCACCUGGUUAUGCCGCAAUCGACAACCCUUUGUUCUUUCUCGACAAUACGAGGAUGCUUUUCGGAAAUGCGAAAGAUACAACGACAGCGAUAUUUGCUUGUCUGAGCCAGCGAGCUGCGUUUGUUGGAAAAAGCGCCGUGUUCCUUGACCUGGAGGGGGGUGCACGAGCUCUAGAGGAAGGCCGCCGCGAGACACCGCCCACCACUUGGCCAAGCCCCAAAAGAACUGUCGGUGUCCUGAAGGAUUCCAACGGACGCGGAACCCCACUAGUGUCGUUGGCGCCACGCUUCGUGAAGAGACUUCGGAAACAGGCUUUCAGGGUCAUUGUCGAAAGCGGAGCUGGAGCGGAAGCAAACUUCUCAGAUGACGAUUAUGUGAAAGCGGGAGCGGAGAUAAUGCCAAACGCUGAUACAGUGAUCAGCAGGAGCGAUGUAAUCCUGAAGGUCUCUGUUCCUUCUGAAGAGCUUAUACGCCGAAUCCCACGUGGCAAAAUUCUUAUCAGCCAUGUCUUCCCAGGACAGAACGCACCGCUGCUGGAGUUAAUGGCUUCUCAAGGAUUGACGGCGCUUGCCGUUGAUGAAGUGCCAAGAAUCACGAGAGCUCAAAACGUCGAUGUCAAAUCCUCGAUGCAGGGACUGCAGGGUUAUAGGGCAGUGCUUGAGGCGUUCAAUGCUCUCCCUCGACUAAGCAAAACGUCUAUCACUGCCGCUGGUCGGGUUGACGCUGCCAGAGUUUUAGUGCUAGGCGCCGGUGUUGCGGGGCUUCAAGCAAUAUCGACUGCCCAUGGUCUUCAAGCUGAAGUCUUCGCUUACGACGUUCGAGCAGCGACUCGAGAAGAAGUUGAAUCGUGCGGCGGGACUUUUCUUUCAGUAGAACUAGAGGAGGAGGGAGAAGUCGAGGGCGGCUACGCGAGGGAGAUGGGUGAAGCAUAUGAAAUGGCGCAAAAACAGAUGCUUUCUCGUGUCGUACCCAACGUUGAUGUCAUAAUAUGUACAGCAGCGAUCCAUGGGAAGCCAUCGCCGAAGCUUAUUUCGAAUGAUAUGCUUGCAACAAUGCGACCAGGAUCGGUUGUUAUUGACCUUGCGACGGAGUUUGGCGAUCGAAGAAGCAACUGGGGAGGAAAUGUCGAAGGCUCCCCCACCGAUGGGGAAACACAGAUUCAUGGCGUUACUAUUAUUGGAAGGAGCCGUAUAGAGACACAAAUGCCAACACAAGCAUCAGAACUGUUUUCCAUGAACAUGUCAAACCUGCUGGAGGAGCUUGGUGGCGGAGAGAACUUCCGUAUCGAUCUGACCAAUGAGGUCAUCAAGGGACUGUGCUGCGUUCACGAAGGAAGAGUUUCGUGGGCUCCGCCUGAGCCUCUGCCCCGCCGCCCACCUACACCAUCACCGCGUUCAUCACCACGGCUAGUGCCCCCGAAGGAAGUGUCCUUACUUGACCAGCUGGUGACGUCAGAUGCGUUCUUCGCGAUGUCCCUCGUAUGCACCGCAGCAUUUGCGGGACUCCUAGGCGUUACUCUGAAAGCCUUGGAGCUACAGCAGUUCACCCUGCUUGCGCUGUCCCUGAUAGUGGGGUACUACAGUGUCUGGUCCGUGACACCAGCCCUUCACACUCCUCUGAUGAGCGUCACGAAUGCGCUGUCUGGAGUCAUCAUCAUCGGGUCAAUGCUGGAAUACGGACCAUCUGCAACCAGCGCAUCCGCCAUAUGCGCCCUCUGCGCGACGUUCUUCUCUUCACUCAACAUAGCAGGAGGAUUUUAUGUCACUCAGCGCAUGAUGCAAAUGUUCCAAAUAGCAUAAAACAGUUUUUUCCAUUUGUGUGAUCAAAUUUUGCGGAAGGCCCUCCACUGAAGUAGGGACUGGCACGAGGGAUAACGCAUAGCUGUCGCUUGCGUGGUGACGCCAAAACGUGGAGCAGAAUGCGUCAAAAGCAAACUGGCUGCAGCUACUAUCCGAAGGAGUACAGUGAACCCUUACAGCGGUGCGCAGCGCAUACAGAAUGCUCUGAACUCCUGUACAUGAUGACAUAGAUGUGCCUCGUGCACCGAGGAUAUUUGUAGGCACGUGCAGCGUAGACAUGCAACAACGCGGGCGUACUCGUCUGCAGUACAGUUGGCACGAAUAGCCUUGAUUAACAACACGCUCUCAUUUUCCAGAUGAAGCCUGUUGAAGCAACACACGCACGAUGCACCGAACAGUGACUCGACGGUUUGACAAACUGUGUCGAGCUGAAAUCGUGUGGAGAGAUCGGCGUCUACGAUGUCAGGACGGAACUCACCUCUGUGUCUCUGUUAGCCGCUCGGCGUUGCCGUCUGUGCCAACAAUCUUGAAUAGUUGAUGGUCGCAACAAUCUACCGCCGGAGAGACAAAUGUGAUAUAGAUCAUUACAAGCCGGCAAAGCACUUCCGGUACGUAGGAAACGGAGUGCACACCCAACUCGACGAACAGCUGCCGAAUCAGGGCGAUACCUGAAAAACCAGAAAAAGCAAGAUGACUAAGCGUAAGACCACAACGACUAGAGUGCAGUUGAUACGCACAGUGCUCUUAGCGGCACUCGCUAUACUUGCCUUCAAUGAUUGCAACCGGCGUUAGUGAUUCAACUCCUCGUAGACCGAUUUUUAUUAAAUCCUUAGCGAUG